UAACCUCGCGAUAGUACUACACCAGCAGCACAUCUAAAUCCAUAAUUUCAUUUCAUUUCAUUUCUAUUGGACAAUCAAUAUAGGAGCCAAAAUAGGAACGGCUGCCGGUGUAAAAUGAUUAGCAGACACAAAAACCACGUACAGACACACACAUCACCAAAAGCGCCAAACUUUAACACUACCAACAACAAAAAGGUACUCCUACGUACACUGUAGUACUAAAUUAAAGAUAAAAAAAACUUUUUUGUUUCUUUUUUGUGACCAAAAUAGAAGCUUAUUAUUAUUGUUAAGAAAAAAACCGUGUGUUCUGUUCUGCCUCCGUUAGAAGUUUGAAACAGAACAACGACCAACUUCAUCAUCCGUACAAAAUUCUAAUCUAGGGUUUCCAUUUCACAUGACUUCAAUUUUCCAUUCAUCAAUUCAACAGUCUUCUUCUCUCACCAUCAUCAAUAUCCUUGUUUGAAAUGAGCUCCAGCAAUUUAACUGGCUUCGUGUUGGCAGUGAUUUCCAGUGCUUUCAUUGGUUCCAGCUUCAUCAUCAAGAAAAAGGGUCUUCAACUUGCAAGAGUCAACGGCCCUUCUGCAAGUGUUGGUGGGUAUGGUUAUUUGCUUCAACCUCUCUGGUGGGUCGGAAUGGUUACCAUGAUUGUUGGAGAGAUAGCGAAUUUCAUAGCAUACAUUUACGCUCCUGCUGUGCUUGUUACUCCAUUAGGUGCUUUGAGUAUUAUUGUUAGUGCUGUUUUGGCACAUUUCCUCUUGAAGGAAAAGCUACUGAAAAUGGGCAUGUUGGGGUGUCUUAUAUGCAUUCUAGGAUCCACUAUUAUUGUACUCCAUGCACCGCAAGAGAUGUCGCUUAGUUCUGUACAACAGAUAUGGAAAUUGGCCAUUCAACCUGCAUUUCUCAUGUACACGGCCUCUGCAAUUGCCAUAACAUUGUUCUUGGUUUUGUAUUGCGCUCCUCGCUAUGGCCAAACUAAUAUUUUGGUUUAUAUCGGAAUUUGCUCUAUAAUUGGGUCUUUGACCGUUAUGAGUGUAAAAGCAAUUGGCAUUGCCAUAAAGCUUACAUUAGAAGGUGCAAACCAGAUUUUCUAUUUUCAGACAUGGAUAUUUACAAUGGUUGCUAUCACCUGUAUCAUUGUCCAACUUAAUUACCUUAAUAUGGCAUUGGAUAACUUUAACACAGCAGUUGUUUCUCCAAUCUAUUAUGCAUUGUUCACAGCUUUUACAAUAUUAGCCAGUGCAAUUAUGUUUAAGGACUAUUCUGGUCAAAGUAUAGGCAGUGUUGUGUCAGAGCUAUGUGGUUUCGUAACUAUUUUAUCUGGAACAAUUCUAUUGCAUAGUACAAGAGAGCCAGAUCCUCAAGACAAUAUAGAUUUAUGCACACCAUUGUCUCCAAGUGUAUCAUGGUAUAUUGGCAACAAUGAAUCCCGGAAACACAAGGAGGAGGAUGUGUCACCGUUUAACUUAAUAGCAAUUAUACGACAAGAUCAUUUCAAGUAACAUGUGGCUUGAACUAUAAGAAGUCUCAUCUAUUAUAUUGUGCUGUAUUCAUCCAUUGAGCAGCUAAACAUAGCAUCGCACUCGAUCAUCAUACUACGCUUGCAGAGAGGAGACAGUGCUUCCAUUUUCCGGAGUCUGUUAACGGUAGUAUGUGAAAUGAAGGCUUAACUUGUGUGCUACUGCUAAUGUUUCAAAGGGUUGAUUAAUCACCAUAUUUGCAUUUUUUGUAUCCCUCAUUGUAUUUCAUAUUGGUUCAUCCAGCAGGACCAACACCACACAUGUUUUUCUAAUUUAUUAAUUGUUUAUUUUAUCUGUAAAAUGAGUGGUUCCUUGUUCUGGUGUUUAGCAUAUGUAGAAGCUAAUCCAUGUAUAUUGAUUUUUAGGAGUUAUAAGGUUUGCUUUGUGGUUGGAGAAGUUAUUGGUAGGAUAUUUUCCAUGAUCAGAAAACAUAUCAAGGUUUGAGGUCUACUAAUUUGAGGAAGCAACAUUUUGCUU